AUGACAAGAAUUUUGACCACUUGCAAAAUGUUGAAAACAUUGAAGGGCAGGUGUGGUAUUUUUCAUAGGGCUUCUCAUCAUAUUCACCAUAAUCGGGCAUUUUCAAGAACUGGCAUCCGAUCACUGAGUAUGAAGGCACAGACAGCCAACUUGGUGCUGGAAGAUGGAACCAAGAUGAAGGGCUUCUCCUUCGGUCAUCCAUCCUCUACUGCUGGGGAAGUUGUGUUCAAUACCGGCCUUGCUGGGUACGCAGAAAGUCUGACAGACCCCAGCUAUCAUGGACAGAUUCUCACACUGGUUAAUCCCAUCAUAGGCAAUGGUGGUGUCCCAGAUUCUGCAGCUUUGGAUGAAAUGGGCCUCAGCAGAUUCUUGGAAUCAGAUGGCAUCAAGGCUUCAGGCUUGCUGGUGUUGGAUUAUAGUAAUGACUACAGUCACUGGCAGGCGACCCAGACCCUUGGGGAGUGGCUGAAAGAGGAAAAGGUCCCGGCUCUUUACGGUAUUGAUACCAGGAUGCUCUCAAAGAUCAUUCGAGACAAGGGAACUGUUCUUGGGAAGAUUGAGUUUGAGGGUCAGCCAGUGGAGUUCUUGGAUCCGAACAAGAAAAACUUGGUUGCUGAAGUUUCAACCAAGGACGUCAAAGUAUAUGGCAAAGGAAAUCCAAUAAAAGUCAUAGCUGUGGAUUGUGGAUUAAAGCACAACGCUAUUCGUUUGCUUGUAAAGAGAGGUGCUGAGGUGCAUCUUGUUCCUUGGAAUCAUGAUUUCACUAAGAUGGAUUAUGACGGACUUUUCAUUUCUGGCGGCCCUGGGGAUCCAACCCAAGCACAAGAGCUUAUUGAGAAUGUCAGGAAGGUUCUAGAAAGUGAUCGCCAAGAGCCUCUCUUUGGGAUUAAUUUGGGAAACCUCAUUACUGGUCUAGCAGCUGGGGCUUCCUCCUACAAAAUGCCCAUGGCUAACAGAGGACAGAACCAACCAGUUGUGAACAUGAUAAAUGGACAGGCUUUCAUUACCGCUCAGAAUCACGGCUAUGCGAUUGACAGCUGCUCCCUCCCUCCUGGCUGGAAGCCUCUCUUUGUGAAUGCCAAUGAUCAAACAAAUGAGGGAAUUAUGCAUGAGACCAAGCCAGUUUUCACAGUGCAAUUCUACCCAGAAGCCAACCCUGGGCCAACAGACACACAGUUUUUAUUUGAUUCAUUUAUUUCACUGAUCAAGAAGGGGAAAAGUACCAGCGUCGCUUCAGUGCUACCCAAGGCCACCCCGGUAACUUCAAGAGCUGAGGUUUCCAAAGUCCUGAUCCUGGGAUCUGGUGGCUUGUCGAUUGGUCAAGCUGGAGAAUUUGAUUAUUCUGGAUCACAAGCUGUCAAGGCCAUGAAGGAAGAAAAUGUGAAAACUGUCCUGAUGAACCCCAAUAUUGCUUCAGUUCAGACCAACGAAGUUGGCGUAAAGCAGGCCGACACGGUUUAUUUUCUCCCUAUCACCCCGCAUUUUGUUACGGAGGUCAUCAGAACAGAACGGCCCGAUGGGCUAAUUCUUGGUAUGGGUGGGCAGACCGCUCUCAACUGUGGAGUGGAGCUGUUCAAACGCGGCAUUCUCCAAGAGUAUGGAGUGAAGGUCCUUGGAACUUCUGUUGAGUCCAUCAUGGCCACAGAAGACAGGCAGUUGUUUUCCAACAAGCUCAAUGAAAUUAAUGAGAAGAUUGCUCCCAGCUUUGCUGUGGAAUCGAUAGAUGAGGCUUUGGAGGCAGCAGAGAAAAUUGGCUAUCCAGUCAUGAUACGCUCCGCUUAUGCCCUGGGUGGACUAGGAUCAGGUUUAUGUCAUGACAAGGAACAGCUGACGGAUCUCAGUACCAAGGCUUUUGCCAUGACCAACCAAAUCCUUGUGGAGAAAUCACUUGUAGGAUGGAAGGAGAUUGAGUACGAAGUGGUGAGAGAUGCUGCUGAUAACUGCAUCACAGUCUGCAAUAUGGAAAAUGUUGAUGCCAUGGGAGUUCAUACAGGGGAUUCCAUUGUUGUGGCCCCCAGCCAAACUCUCUCAAAUGAGGAGCUGCAGAUGUUACGAGAAUCGACCAUCAAGGUUGUCCGCCAUUUGAACAUCAUAGGAGAGUGUAACAUCCAGUAUGCCUUACACCCCACUUCUCUGGAGUAUUGCAUCAUUGAAGUUAAUGCUCGGCUCUCUAGAAGCUCUGCUUUAGCAUCGAAGGCUACAGGGUAUCCUUUGGCAUUUAUUGCUGCCAAAAUUGCCCUUGGGAUCCCCUUGCCAGAAAUUGAGAAUGUCGUGUCUGGAAAGACAACCGCCUGCUUCGAGCCUAGCCUGGACUACAUAGUCACCAAGGUACCCCGUUGGGAUCUUGACCGUUUUCAAGGUGCCUCCAGCAAGAUCGGAAGCUCUAUGAAGAGUGUGGGUGAGGUAAUGGCUAUCGGGCGUACCUUUGAAGAGAGCUUCCAGAAGGCCUUGAGGAUGUGCCACCCCUCUGUUGAUGGCUUCACGUCCCAGCUGCCAAUGAACAAAGACUGGUCAGCUAAUGUGGAUCUCCAGAAAGAGUUGGCUGAACCUUCCAGCACACGUGUGUAUGCGAUUGCCAAGGCCUUGCACGACAACAUCCCUGUGGAAGAUGUUCAUAAACUGACAUUCAUUGACAAAUGGUUCAUCUAUAAGAUGCGUGACAUUGUGAAGAUGGAGAAGAGCCUGAAAAGCCUAAGCGGCGAGUCUGUUCCAGAAGGCACCCUGAGAAGAGCCAAACAGAUCGGCUUCUCGGACAAACAGAUUGGGAAGUGCCUGGGAGUGACUGAACCACAGAGCAGGAACCUGAGACUGAAGAAGAACGUCACACCAUGGGUGAAACAGAUUGACACGCUGGCAGGAGAAUACCCUGCUGUAACUAAUUACCUCUAUGUCACUUAUAAUGGCCAGGAGCAUGAUGUAAAAUUUGAUGACCACGGAAUGAUGGUGCUGGGCUGUGGACCGUAUCACAUAGGGAGCAGCGUAGAAUUCGACUGGUGUGCUGUUUCCUGCAUCCGCACCUUGCGCCAGCUCUGCAAAAAGACUGUCGUCGUGAACUGCAACCCAGAGACAGUGAGCACCGAUUUUGAUGAGUGUGACAGGCUGUACUUUGACGAACUGUCCCUGGAAAGGAUUUUGGACAUCUACCAACAGGAGGCAUGUGAUGGCUGUAUCAUCUCUGUGGGAGGGCAGAUUCCAAAUAACCUGGCUGUGCCCCUUUACAAGAAUGGGGUUAACAUCAUGGGUACCAACCCACUGCAGAUCAACCGGGCAGAAGACCGCUCCAUAUUCUCGGCUGUUCUUGAUGAGUUGCAGGUGGCUCAGGCACCCUGGAGAGCAGUGGAUUCUUUGGAAGAUGCCAUUGAAUUUGCAGACUUGGUUGGCUACCCGUGUUUGCUGAGACCUUCCUACGUUUUGAGUGGCUCAGCAAUGAAUAUAGUGUAUACAGAAAAAGAGAUGAAGAAAUUCUUGGCAGAGGCAACUAGAGUUUCACAGGAACACCCUGUUGUACUCACUAAAUUCAUUGAGGGAGCUCGAGAAGUGGAAAUGGAUGCCGUUGCAAAGAAUGGGAAGGUGAUCUGUCAUGCCGUCUCUGAGCAUGUGGAGGAUGCAGGAGUUCACUCGGGAGAUGCCACUUUGAUGUUUCCUGCCCAGACGAUUAGCCAAGGAGCCUUGGAGAAGGUAAAAAUUGCAACCAGAAAGAUUGCAAAUGCCUUUGCUAUCUCCGGACCAUUCAAUGUUCAGUUUCUCAUCCGGGGGAAUGAUGUCUUGGUGAUCGAGUGCAACCUGCGGGCUUCACGGUCUUUUCCAUUCGUGUCCAAGUCUCUUGGUCUGGACUUCAUUGAUGUGGCCACUAAAGUGAUGACGGGGGAAACAAUUCACGAGUCUGCCCUUCCUGUCCUGGAAAAACCAACAAUCCCUUCAGACUAUGUAGGCGUCAAGGCUCCAAUGUUCUCCUGGCCUCGUCUGAGGGACGUUGACCCUGUUCUCCGAUGUGAAAUGGCAUCCACCGGGGAGGUGGCCUGUUUUGGAGAAAAUGUUCAGUCUGCCUUCAUGAAGGCAAUGCUGUCGACAGGCUUUAAGGUGCCAAAGAAAGGAAUCCUGCUUGGAAUCCAGCAUUCCUUCCGCCCCAGAUUCCUCGAUGAAGCAGGGCAGCUACAUAAGCAAGGCUUUAAGCUUUAUGCUACCGAAGAAACAUCCCAGUGGCUCAAUGCCAAUGGCAUCUCAGCAUCUCCUGUAGCCUGGCCAUCCCAGGAAAGCCAGGACCCCAUGCUCCUUUCAGUCAGACAGCUCAUGAAGGAUGGGAGCAUAGACUUGGUCAUUAACCUCUCCAAUAACGGCACACAGUUUGUCCAUGACAAUUACCUGAUCCGCAGGACAGCUGUUGACAGUGGGAUCUCGCUCCUUACUAAUUUACAGGUAGCAAAGCUCUUCACAGAAGCUAUUGAGCACUCUGGAAAACUCGACUGUAAAAGUCUUUUCCACUACAGACAGUUCAAGGCCAGCACAGCAGCAUAA